GUUGAACCGGCGUUUUUCAUUCAGUUCUCCUAAGAUGGCGGACCUGUUGCGUAGCUCGUCCAAGUUGACCGGUGUUGAAAUGGAAAAUCGUGGUCAGGCAGACCCACCGAAUUACAACAAAGCUUACGAGCCGGUAGAUGAAGAGGCGGGAAAUGAACUUCAUGAGGAGGCUGAAGAAUUUGAUCCUUGGGCUUUGCCUGAACUCCAGGAUCUUGGCCCCAAGUGGUCUGAACUUGAUGGAUUCGGGAAGGUGCAACGAGUCGCUUUGGGAUUUGCCAAGAUCGCCCUUCUUCUUGGUCUCCUCUAUCUGUUUAUCUGCUCGCUGGAUUUUCUCAGUAGCGCCUUCCGAUUGCUUGGAGGAAAAGCGGCAGGCGAAGCAUUUGCGUCUAACAAAAUUUUGAGCAACCCCGUCGCCGGAUUGAUGAUCGGCAUCUUGGCAACGGUUCUUGUCCAAAGUUCGUCUACAACCACAUCCAUCGUCGUUUCAAUGGUUGCUGCACAGAUUUUAGAUGUUGAGCCUGCCAUCCCAAUUGUAAUGGGUGCCAACAUAGGAACAUCAGUUACCAACACCAUAGUUUCUCUUGCGCAAGCUGCUGAGCGUAAUGAGUUUCGACGUGCCUUUGCUGGAGCAACAGUACAUGAUAUAUUUAACUGGUUGUGUGUGCUUAUAUUCCUACCCCUGGAGGUUAUCACGCACUACCUACUUUAUAUUACUGGUGAGAUCAUAGCUGUACUUCCCUUGACCCAGCAGAAAGGGACCAACAAAAAAUUGCUGAAGAAAUUGACAGAACCAUUUACCAAGCUUGUUAUUCAGUUGGACAAAAAAAUAAUUGAGAAGAUUGCCCUGGGAGAUCAAUCAGCAGAGUCAAAAUCCCUCAUCAAAAGCUGUGUAAAGACAGUAACUGUGACUAAGAACAUUACUAAUAGUACUGGUUUUCAUUAUUUGAAAAAUGUGUCAGAAAUGGAACCUCCCACAUGCAAGUUUCUCUUUAGAGGUACAUCCCUGAGUGACACUGAGGUUGGCAUCAUAAUCCUAGUACUCUCCAUCGUCCUGCUCUGUGUCUGCCUUGUCUGCAUCGUGAAGGUUCUUCACUCCAUGCUUCGUGGUCAGUUGGCUAAAAUCAUCAAAAGGACGGUCAAUGCAGACUUCCCCGGACCAUUCAAACAUCUCACUGGCUACUUUACAAUUCUUGUCGGUGCUGGUCUUACCAUGUUGGUGCAAUCCAGUUCCAUCUUCACAUCUGCCCUUACACCUCUCAUAGGUGUUGGAGUUGUCACCAUUGAACGAGCCUUCCCUCUGACCUUGGGUGCAAACAUUGGAACAACUGCAACAGGUAUUUUGGCUGCCUUGGCAAGUUCGUCAAAUCUGGACAAAGCCCUUCAGAUUGCCUUCUGCCAUCUAUUCUUCAAUAUUUCUGGCAUCUUGGUGUGGUAUCCUAUCCCUUACCUGCGAAAAGUUCCCAUUGGUUUUGCCAAGUCCUUAGGAAACAAAACUGCUGACUACAGAUGGUUUGCCAUUGCAUACUUGGUGUUCGGGUUCUUCCUUCUCCCAGCAGCUGUCUUUGGCUUGUCACUGGCUGGUUGGCAGAUUCUCCUUGGUGUAGCUGCUCCCCUCUUACUUCUCUUCCUGUUCAUUGUUAUUGUGAACAUUUUUCAAAGGAAAGCUCCAGGCCAUCUACCAGAAGUUCUCCAAGACUGGGAAUGGUUGCCAAAGUGGACACGAUCCCUAGAACCUCAUGAUCGUGUAUUCUCCAAAGUGAAUGAGCUGAGCAAACUCUGCCGCUCAGACAGGACUAAUCGAGCCUCCAACACUGAAUCCCGUGUGUAGAAGAGACUGGUUUUUUGCAUUUAUUUAGUUUGGACCCCGUGGUUAGAUUCAUAGUUUUCAGAGUUAUUCAUUCAUACCUGAGAGCACUCAAAACAUGCUGAUUUUUGUUUUAGAUUAUUUUAUUUUUUAUUUCCCUUAGUUUCUUUAUUUAUUUAUUUUGUGGGAAAAAAUGCUGUUGAAAACUGAGAUCAAGCCUUUUGUUUUGUUUUGUUUUGUUGAAGGCAUUCUCCAGUUUUUGGAAAGCGAGAAAGGUACUUUGCACUGAUAUGUUGCAGUAGUAGCACAAUCAUCUAGUUUUUCUUUGGAAGCUGUUUGGCAAUAUACCUAAUGCAUCUCUGAGAUGGCUAGAAACAAACAAGUUGGAAAUUGUUCUGCUAGUUAACAUGGUGCAAACUCCCUUCCAAGGGCAAUUUACAUUAAUCAUGGUUCAUGUAUUCUUGAUCUUUAAAACACUGCUUUGCGGGUAGUAAUUGUUUUUAUAAUUCUAGUUGCUUCCUGUUUUUUCGGGUUAUGUAAACCCUAUUUACAUCCAUACUAUACAAAAAAAGGAUGAGUGUUAGAAUUGUAGCCUUAAAAACACUUGUCUCUAUAAACAAGUGUAAAGUAAACAUGGCUGGUCUGACCUGAUGCAAAUGGGGUUUACUUGUAGAUACAGUAACAUGCUAUAUAAAAUUUGUAUAUUGCAUAUGAUUAAUAAAACAUGAGCUUGCUUUUAUGCUAAGGUAAGUUUGGUAUUUAUAGUGUCGUAACUAUUUGUUAAUUUAAUUUACAUUGUAUUAAUGUUUGUUGUGAGAAUAAACAUUUCAAUGGGUUGAGUUAAAUGAGUUCAUAUUUUUUAUUUGCUCAUUUGAGAGUUAACAAGCCCUUUGCCCUGUAAUAUUAUUUAGAAGGAAUGCAUACAGGUCAUCUUGAAAUUUUGUUACCAUGAUAUCUCUUCUUUUUCAGGAAUCUUUGUACAUUUAAAUAAGAGCUGAUAGUAGGACGGGUCAUAGACUUGUGCAUUAUACUGUCUGAUUGCCAUUUGUUUCAUUUUCCAGGUUCCUCAACAUAACAGAUAGUAAGCUGGCUGAAAAUUAAAUGAAUAAGAAUAGUUCCAACAAUGCUGCAACUGGCAUACCUAGAAUUUUUUUGAAAAUAUAACCUCAGCCACUGAGGUGAUUUAGUUAGGAAUAAGGAAGUCUGCCUACAAGCAAAACUUUUACUUUUGCAAAUUGGAACAUGAAUUCAUUGCAAAAAAAUGAGAACACUUGAGGUAGGCUAGUUGUCUUUUUCAAUUUUCUUUCAUUUUUGUCUUCAUUGUUCCUCUUCAAUAAACAGUUGUUACUUGA